AUGCAUUUGAUGUACACUUUGGAUGCCCAAGGCAAGAGAAUCUAUACUUUGAAGAAGAUGACUGAGGAUAAUGAAAUUACAAAGUCUGCUCACCCUGCUAGAUUCUCUCCAGAUGACAAAUACUCCAGACAAAGAGUUACUUUGAAGAAGAGAUACAACCUUUUGCCAAACUAA